AUGCCGCGCGCUCCUUACAUUCUACUUCUGAUAGUCUUCUGUGUUUUCGUCAUUUUGUACUCUUCGAAUAAUGAAAAUUCAAAUCAACCUGUUAAAGAAUGUGAGUUUUUUCUUCUAUAUUUCUUCGUGAAAAUGAAAUUUCAGCAAUAGUUAAAAGAGUGAAACCAACGAGGGUACGGGAAAAAACCAAAGAAAUACCAAAACGAAAAAACGCCGAACUGGAAUAUAUCAAAAAGGUCGCAUACCAGGCGACAAAUAACGUUGGCCGAGCUGUGAGUUUUUGAUAAUUUAUUCGAUUUUUCUUUUCUAAACAUCAGAAAAAAAUGUAUUAGGAUUCUAUAAAAGCAACAAUUGCAAAGAUAUUUUUUUGGCGAAAAAAAUGGUGGAAAAAAAUAAUCCCCACUAGGAGCGAAAUUUCACUUUUUGCGCUAUGGAAAUUUUUUUGGAAAUUUCGACAUUGAGGCGUCUGAAUAAUCAGUGACCAUGAGACAUUCAAAAAUUGUAUCUGGUACAUCAAAAAAACUAAUUUUAUAAAAAAACUUCUCAGCUCAAAAAAGUCUAUUGACCUUCCCCGCAAAAUCCGGUUUUUUUGGAUUUUUGAACAUUUUUGAUCAUAAAUCGUGGUAAACGUUACAAAUGUGUACACAAACCAUUCAAAAACUUUCCAUUUUCCAGAAAAAAAUUUCAACUUAUCAGAAAAAAAUCUGAGCGAAAAAAAUAAAAAGAACCUGAGCUGAAUUCUGGCUACAAUUUUUUAUGUAAAAAAUAGAAAAUCUCCAUUUUUCGAAAAACUCUCAUGACGAUUAAGCAGUUGGGGCUAAAAAGGGGCCUCAUCGAGUGUGCCCAUAUUAAACCCGUAAAAGCACAGCUGGGAGGGCUUUUUGCAUUUUACCACAGCUGAGGCACCCUUUUGGCUCAGUGGGUCUCAGAUUUUCGGAAUAAACCCAGCUGGACCAGCCAUUUCUUUUUCAAUCCGAUGUUCCCCCGUUUUAGCGCACUUAGGAGCUCCAGAGUGUCCCCUACAGAGGUUAGGGGAUGAACAAUCCCUAUAGGGGACUAUAAAGUGCUCCCUAUAGAGGUGAAAUGCAGUAGAGGGUAGAGUCUGACCCUGAGCCCUUAAAGCUCAAGUGGUCCUUACAGGGGUCUUCAGGUUAUUUUUUAUGAUUUGAAGAUUAAAAUGACUAAUUCAAUAAAACUUGAUAGAUUCAAUCUCUGUUGAUAUUUUUCAAUACAAAAAAAGAUGAUUUAUUGUAUUUUUUGCAUAGAAAUUCUUCUUAUAAUGGGAGUCAUAACAAUAGUCGGCUAGCCGGUCCCCUAUAGGGGCCACUUUUGCAAGCUUCAGUGACCCCUCUAGGGGUUGCUGAGGUGGUCUCGAGAUGGGAGUCUCCAGGGGGCCCUUAUAUUGCCCCUAUAGCGGCCACUCUGGGGGGUCCGGUCCGCCUUUGAAUAAUCUACACUUGAAUAUUUUUCAAACUUUCAAAAAUAUUCAAAAUCAAAUAUAUCGCAGCACGGUUCGAGACAGAAAAACCCGCCUUUGAAUAAUCUACACUUGAAACUUGCCUAAAACUAUUUUCAACAACUCCAAAACUAAUCAUAUCAAAAAGUCGCAGCACCAUUCGAGGCAGCAAAACCAGCCCUACUCGGCCUUUGAAUUCGACGACUACGUCAUCGUGACGUCAUCGAUCUCGAAAAGUAUCGGUUCGGGGGUCUUUUGCCGGUACCUCGACGAGAACGGGAAAGAGAUGGGAAAACCGUUCCCGAGCAUCGUUUUCCCGAUUUUCACGGUUUGGUGCGAGAAAAGGAGCGAAUUCGCUUCGAUAUCGAUUACUGAUGAGGAAAAUCAACCAAUCAAAAAUGGGAUUGUGCCGAUUUUGAGAAAUUUGGAAGGUCAGUUGGGCUUUUUUUUCAAAUUAAAGUUAGAAAGAUGGCCUUAAGAGUUUGUCUAUGAGUAGUUGGUUUGUGUAGUUUGGUUGAAAUUGAACAUUUUGGAGGGAAAAACAUUGUUUUUUUUUUUUUUUUGAAAUUCCAACAAUCAUGGUUAUUGAAAAACCGCCUCACAGUCAGAAACUACCUAAAUUUUUCGAGUUAAAAAAAAUUAGAUCAAACUUCAUAGUAUGUACAAUAUUUCUCAUAGAAAACUAUCCAUUAGGCUUGAAUUUUUUCGAUUUUUUUGAGUCAGAAAAAAAUAGUUUUUUUCAAUUUCACAAUUUUUUUAACAUGGGGACUGUGCCGGUUUUGAGGAAUUUGGAAGGUCAGUUGGCUUUUUUUUUUCAAAUUAAAGUUGGAAAAAUGGCCUUAAGAGUUUAUCUAUGAGUAUUUUACUUGUGUAGUUUGGUUAAGUUUGAAAUUUUUUUGAAGGAAAAAUAGUUUUUUUGAAAUUCUACUAACAAUCAUGGUUAUUCAAAGCCACACCUCAAAAAAACUCAUUUUCCAAGAUUAAAAAUUUAGAUCAAACUUCAUAGUAUGUACAAUAUUUCACAUAGAAACCUAUCUAUUAGGCUUGAAUUUUUUUCCGAUUUUGCUGACCAGUGAGUCAGAAAAAAAUUUAUGAUUUUUUUGAAAAAAAAGUUUUUUCUUCAAGCUCUGAUGAUCAUGGAGAUUCAGAACAGCCUCAGAAACCGUCUAAAUUUUCAAGAUUUCAAAAAUAAAAUUUAGACCAAAUCUUAUAAGAUCUACAAUGUUUCAUCGAGAUCAUUAUUCAAAUUUUACAUUUGUUUAAAAAAAGCUUUUUUUCAAAUUUUAUUAGUCAUGGUUAUUCAAAAAAAUCUCCAUUGAGAUUUUACAAUCAAUGUAAAAUUUGUCCGAUUUAGUUUAUUUUGAAAAAAAUAUCCUUUUUCCAAGUUCCAGACGAGAAAAAACCUUUUUUUAAAGCAGUAGAUAGUGAUGGAGAUUCCCGAUUUUUUUUUCUAAGCUUUUUGUAAAAUUCCUCGAUUCAGAACCAGCUCACGAGCUGUCCUUCUGUAUCGCUCCGAUCUAUGGAAAAGAGCCAAAAUGGCUUCAAAUCGCGGAACUUUUCGAGCACUACAAGUUGCAAGUGAGUUUUUUAGUGAUCGGACCUCAGAAAAAUCGCAAAAAUCCAGGAAAAAUAUGAUCGUUACAAAUCCUCUAUAACAGCCAGAAAAUCUCUGAAAAUUUCCAGGGAGUCACCCGAUUUUUCGUCUACAUCCGGGAAAUGUCCGACUACGAUCAGAAAAUGAUCGAUUCCUAUGUUUCCAGUGGAGAAGCCGAAAUUAUUUUGGUUCCUCCAACCGUUCCUGACGUCAUCGCUCAACAAUUGAUGGGCGUUUCGGUUCGUUUUUUUUUGACUUGUCUGCGCCCUCUUUUCUCUCAGCUCUCUUAUAGGAAUGAUGGGAGAGUCGGUCUUUACGGACUGUGAUUCGUUAUAGCUUCUUUUCAAAAUUUUCGAAGGCUUCUAUUUUUCAUUUAUUCACUACAGUAAAAAAACAAAAAAACUUUCGAAUGCGUCAAAUUUUUCAGUGUGAAAAAAGAGAAGAUUUUCGGACUUUGCCAAUAAAAUUCGAGUAAAAAUUGUGUGAGAGAACUUAAAAUUGCGAUAUUUUAGGCGUAAAAUGGGGUUUCGACAAGAUUUGAGGACGCUUUUGAACAAAAAUGAGACAUUUUGAAGGAAAAAAAACACGAUUUUCCGAAAAUUUAAUGACCUGACCUUGCAAAAUCAGACCUCGUAACUAUUAAAAUCCAAAGAAACAUGUACUUUUGAACCAUUACAUCUCAAAACUGCAAAAAAUAAAGCUGAGAGAUUGAGAGAGCGCAGACAAGUCAUAAAAUUUCCCUUCUCUUAAUUUUUCUCGAAUUCUAGGAUUGCUUGGCAAGAACUAAAAAAUUCUCGAAAUGGUCAAUAUUUGCUGAUAUUGAUGAACGACUGAUGAUGACAGAUGAAAAAAUGACAAUUGCUCAAUAUUUGAGGUGACUUUUUGAAAUUCUGGUCGCACUCAGAAUGGCUCAAAGCGUCGCGGUCGCGCUGCGUUUUUUUAGAAAAUACAUGGAGUUUCAAUAACGAUACUCACCUUAAAAUCGGCUCGGAGAAAAUCUAUGCCUCAUGAUGCAAUUGAGCACAAGUCGUUUCCGGUCGGGCGCAAAAACGCGUUGAGCCGCGGUCCUGAAAUACACCAUGUGAUAUGAUUUUCAGUGGAAUCGACGACGAAUCCAUUGGAGCCGUAGCUUUCCCACAACGUUGGAUCAUGAAGCGAGAAGUUUUGCCACCGAAGUUUAUUGAUGAUGAUCAGGUAUUCCCCCUAUCCCUAUUUUUAAAUGAUCACUUAAGGGCUAAAUGCCAAUUUUUAAAAGCUUUAAUCCUUCAGCUAGUUUCAAAUUUCCAUAAAAAAAAGUCUCAAGCUCUGACAUCUUUACGGCCUCUUACCCUUCUCUUACGUGCUUUGUUCAUAUUAUUGGCGAGAUAGAAGAGAGCGCAGACAGGUCAGAAUGUUCGAAGUCUUGACGAGCUCUGUUAACUCUUCCCUUUUUUUUCUCUCAUAUUCAUGUGCUUUUUUAUGUUCCUGUGAUGACGUCAUAGGUGAGAUAGAAGAGAGCGCAGACAGGUCAGAACGGUUGAAAUCCUGACGAGCUCUGAUAACUCUCCUCUUUCUUAUCCUUCUCUCAUUUUUACGUGGUUUUUCAUUUCAUAGGUGAGAUAGAAGAGAGCGCAGACAGGUCAGACUUUUUGAAGUCCUGAAGAGCUCUGAUAACUCUUCUCUUUUUUUUCUCUCAUAUUCAUGUGCUUUUUAUGUUCCUGUGAUGACGUCAUAGGUGAGAUAGAAGAGAGCGCAGACAGGUCAGAAUGUUCGAAGUCUUGACAAGCUCUGAUAACUCUCUUCUCUCUUAUCUUUUUCUCAUGUUUACUUGCUUCGUUCAUAUCAUGAGUGAGAUAGAAGAGAGCGCUGACAGGUCAGAUUUUUCGAGAUCCUGACAAAUGGACUAUAACUCUUCCCAACGAUUUAAACUAGUGAACUAUUAAAUUCUUACUAUUUUUUUAUUUUCUAUAUAUAUAGUCUGUUCAUUUGAAUGUCAAGUAGAAUGACGUCAUUCGAUAAACACUCUUCAAAGGGCUCGCUCUCUCAUUGGCUCAUGACGUCAUUUGGGGCGGAGAUUUAGCGACGACUUGACAUUCAAAAUCUGAACAGACUAUAAUAUAUCAGAGAUACAUAACUUUGAAAUUUUUGACGAGUGAAUUUCGACAUUUUCAUGUUUAAAGAUGACACCUUGAACUUAUAAAAUCCUAGGUCCUCAAAAACAUGCCGACCCAAAGAUGGACCGAAACAUCAUCCGCAGCCGUCAAACCCCAUCCAGCUUGUAGAGAUCAAAAGAAUUGUUGGGGGAAAAAUAUUGUCAGGCCGGAAAAGGUAGGAUACAUUUUUCCCGUUUUUAAAACCCAUAGAACCACUUGAAAGGUUCAAAAACCAUUACUUUGUUGAUUUUGAUAAGGAAAGCGCGAUGAGUUUACGGAAACUUUGCACUAAGGUUCCUCAAGAGACCCAUUUUCCAAAACUUAGAGAAAAAAUUCAAAAGGAAAUUUUCCAUCUGAACUUUCAUUACUAGCACCAUGGUGCAACGACAAGAGCGAAUUUUCCAUUUGCGGGGAGUACUGUAUGCGGACAUGCGCAUUGCGUGCAUACACUUUGCGUUUUUACAAAAAUUUCCCCACAAAUGGAAAACUCGCUCUUGUCGUAGCACCAGCACCAUUGAUGAUACCUUACUUUCCCACAUUUGCGCCCGACUCUAAACGACUUCUUACAAAUUAUGAAAAAUGCCUAAUCCCACUUUAACCUGAAUCCUUCAGGUAAUGUCAAUGCUGGUCCACGAGGUCGACAUCUUUUCCCCGGGUGCCAAGGAAAGAUUCUUGCAACCGACCGUCGGCUACAUUCGUCACUACCGUGAUGUUCACAUGCAAGAUUGGGAGUCGAAUAAUAUGAAACUGAUGAAACAAUUCGGCUCAUUUUCCAACACCACCUAUCCAGAAACUUAUGGUGAACCUCUACGUAAGAAUGUACUUGCCAGGAUUCAUGCCGUUUAUGGCAAAUGAUAACUUGUUAUUGCUCAUUUUAGUCAGCAAUGUGAGUAUUUAGUAAGAGUAGUCGUAGAUCGGUCUUUACUUAAAGCAGAUAUAUUCUAGUUCUCAAGUGGGAAAUCUAUUGCCUUAUUAGAAACACGAUGUCAUAUUCCUAAUUAUUGCUCAUCUUAGAACACCUUUUCAAUUUUUUAUCCUUCUACAGUGCCUCUUUGUCAUCUAUGACAUCAUGUUUAUUGAUCAUGUUAGAACUACUUUAAUUUAUUUUGCGCAUGUUAUCGUUUUUUUUCUGUCAGCGGGCUAUUCAAGUACUGGUUUUGCGUAUAACAAGGCGAUUACUUUUUUUUCCUCCUUUUGCUCAUUAUUGCUCAUCAUAACCCUUUCGUAUGUAUCAUACUUAUUUUUCACUGGUAAAAUGUUUUUUGACAUUUUGUUCGCAUUUUUGAGAAAAAAGCGGUGGGAAGGUUUAUUUGGAGCACUUGGCGGGGUUUCAAGGGUUCUCAUAUCGCGUUUCAACAAUAUCUUGAAGUAAUACGUAACAAAGUCUAUUCUCAUUUCUUCAUGAUUUUAUCCAUAAUAUUUUUAUUUUCUGAGAUUCCGUCAAUUCUGGCAGCACCUGAGAUCGUCGAUCAAAAUCCAAGUUGGUGAUUUUCUUGGACUAAAAUGGCAAAAUUCAAGUUUCACAUUUUAGAACCGCUUUGGAAGCUUUUUCAAGGCGUAUUAUUUUAACCCACUUCAUUUCCCUUCUUUCCAUUUCAAAACCCGUUUCCAGAAGGCUACAACGACUUCUUCAGUCAUCAAGACCGACUUUCCAACUUACUAUUCGCUAAUUAUAAUCGUCAAGUGUCACCAGUCUAUACUCUAUAUGAAUUACUCACCUACAACUCUUCAAACCUUCCCGAAAAACCAAAAAGAUUCCCAAUUGAAAUAAAGCUCUACUAUUUGAAGGUGGCCGAUGUGGUGGGAACAAAAUUUCGAGCCAUAAAAGGAAAAAUGAAAAUUUUAGGACGUUCCUGAAGAGAAAGUGACGAUGGCUUUGGAAUUGGUUGUGGUGAGUGAAUGA